AUGGAGAAGUGUGUGCUGGUUUUAAUCUUCCUGCUGGAUGUUUUGGUGUGUUUUUGUUCCGGUCAGCACCAUUUACGCACACCUGGAGGGCCAUGGAAGCACCGGUUCCAGUGGCAGAAUAACGGCCAGGUGUUCAGUUUGCUGAGCACGGGGACUCAGUAUCACACACCUGCGCAGACCAGGGGACGAACGAAGCUUUUCUUGACAACCAGACACAGUUUUAACCGACCUUACCCCCAUGUUGGGCUCAGAAGACCCGCCAGAACCAGACAUGGAGAGAUCCAGGACGCAGCCGCAGGUCCCUCUAUCCAAAACGAGGUGAGUCAGAUGGAUGUGUCGGUGCUCGGUGUGGAUGCAGGUCAGUAUUUACUCGCUUCGGGAAGACCAGGGACGCACAACCAGCCCCAAACGCGCCUCGGGUCCACCAGAGAGGCUCCGGGACAACGUGCGCAACAGGCGGUAUCCAACAGCAGCGCCGCAGCUUUCACCUCCAUCCAGGAGUUUUCCGGCAGUGGAGUCCCAAGAGGAGGCCGGAGCACACCUGGAAGUGAUCCACACCAUACCACAACUCCUCCGGUGAGAUCCCCGGACUUUACGCACAGGACACGUUCAGAAUCACCUGACGCAUCGCAAAACUCUGUUGGAGACGCUCAAAGUGCCCAAAGAGCGCACUCCCUGACCAGAAACACUCCAGAAUCUAGUGUUCCCCCCACAGCUCUGUCCAGUAACGCGGUGGAGAUUCACUUCCCGAGGCAGAGGCCGGAAACAACCAGGACUCCGAGUGUUGGGGACGCUCGGGAUCCGCACAGUAUCCAUCAUAGGAACUCCGUUUUCUAUGAUGUUUACCCGGCAGACCGCAGGAACAGGAUCACUGCGCGCCCUCCACCAGGACCGGGGUAUGGCACCAGGUUCUUCCACAACGGUCUCCCAGACCUGGUUCCUGACCCGUACUACAUCCAGGCUGCCUCUUACAUCCAGAGGGUUCAGAUGUACGCACUCCGCUGUGCUGCUGAAGAAAACUGUCUCUCCAGGUCUGCGUCUCAGCCCAGCGUCAGAGACCUGGACUACAGGGUUCUGCUGCGGUUCCCUCAGCGAGUGAAGAACCAGGGAACCGCAGACUUCCUCCCUGUAAAGCCUCAACACGAGUGGGAGUGGCACAGCUGCCACCAACAUUACCACAGCAUGGAGGCGUUCAGUAACUACGACCUGCUGGACGUCUCCUCGGGUCAGAAGGUGGCUGAGGGACAUAAGGCCAGUUUCUGUCUGGAGGACACGUCCUGUGACCCGGGGGUCAGGCGGCGCUUCGCCUGCACGGCUCACACUCAGGGUCUCAGUCCAGGCUGCUACGACACGUAUCACGCCAACAUCGACUGCCAGUGGAUCGACAUCACCGACGUUCCACCGGGAAACUACAUCCUGAGGGUGACGGUGAACCCCUCUCAGGCGGUGCAGGAAUCUGACUUCUCCAACAACGAGGUCCUCUGUGACAUCCGAUACACAGGAGGCUACGUUCAGGCCAGGAACUGCAGGAUCACCGUGUGA